UCCCUUCUGGUCAGUCUGGCUCAGGCCAAAUUUCAAUCUGGCGUGGUGAAAAGUGUGAAAACGCUGUUAAAAUUACCGAUUUUCGGGUCAAAUUGUGUUCUCGUGUAUGAAUGAUCCCAUCUGUGACUCGGUCGAUAUAAGUUUUGGUGCGAAAUCCGCGUCCGAAGGUGCAAAUCUUGAUUUGCACACCGUGCGGUGCCCCACAUUUUCGGUCGUGUUUUGUCUCGCUUGCUCUACCGAACCGGAAUAAGUAAAAACUGCCCCAUUCCUCUGGGAAGCAGUCUGGUGAAAAUAUUUUUCUCCUUUGGAAGUUUUGAAUCACGACGGGAAAAAUUGUGUGAUGCGAAUCGAGCCUCAAAGGCUUAAACCUAAUUGUAACCUAGUUAUGUGGCGCUGAAACUCAAGGGAAAAUUUGAAACUCCUUAAUUUUCUCUACCAUACAUGAUCAUAGAAUGAAUGAAACGGGAAAGUUAAAAGGGGACUCCGGAGUGCACUGAAAGGUGUAUACGCAUACAUAAAAACAGUUUGUUGCAGAGCGAGAUAACGCGAAUGGACAGUGUAGCCGGUUUAGUCGAAAUUUAUUCGAACAGAUUGCUAUACCAUGCAGCCAAUAGCUUGGCGGACUCGGGUCUGACAACUUUAGAACAGAACACAAAGGUUUUACAGCAGCGUCAGCAAUUGUAAAAGUGACUGAUCCCUGCGCAAAUAUAAAAGUGCAACUACAAAAACAACACACAUAGGAAUAGAAAAAAAGAUUAGCUAGCAAACAAACCCUGCGAGCUAGACUAGACGAAGCGGAAAUCAGGCGGAACUCGUCCAGAUCAUCGUCAGGCGUGAAUCGGGCAGGAAUAACAACUCACCAGCCGCUAAAGUACUACUUGUUGAUUAUUCUUCGGUUCUCUGGCGGUGUCGUCGUCGUCUUGGCGGCUACAGUGUGUGUGCUACGAAUAUAUUUGGGUUUCCCUCUAACAAGGCAGUUUUCCUCACAGAGUUUCACAGAAAGCAAACCGGGAAGAAAAGAAUCCACUAGGCACUGGCAGCUGGAAAAUAGGCGCUCUUGUGUUACUAAGUGCUGAAGAUUUCCUUUGUCAUCUACACGACACGAUACGUCACGGGGGGUUGCUGAACCAGUAGUUUUCCCCACAUUUGGGUGUGUUUUUCCCCGCAGCAGCAGUGGAUGAGUAAAGGGCUAGUGCAGUCAGUGUGUGUUCUUUUUGGGGGAAGAUGAUUUCGUUGUGUGUUCUACUAGUGGCUGAGGCGCAAUAUUAGCAGCUGUUAUUGGUUAACAAGGAAGAGAAAAGCCAUUGUCUGUGCAAUUUGCCGAAGCAGUUUUCUUGCCGUGUGGUUGGGUUUUCGGGAAAUCGAGAAAAGAGUUCUAUUAGUGAAGAAUAGGGUUCCGAAAAGUAUUGAAUAUCCUCCGCGUUUCCGGCUAGAAAUAUUUGUGACCCGCGUUGAAGUGAUCUAAACGAGAGUGUCAUAUCCGGAAGGAUAUCCGGCCACAGCCGCUUCAUCGAUCAUAUUUAACGCCCAAGUGAAUGUGUAUGCCAGGGGCAUGAUAGCCCCCCCUCAUCUGGCUGCAACACUCAACAAUAGUGGUGGGGGGUCUGGAAGUAACAACAAUAAUACUGGUAAUACUGCAAGUAAGAGCAUCAAUAGCGGUUUGAGUGCCCCAGGAGUUGGAGGAGCUGCAGGUUUAGGAAGCCACCUUGGAGUUGGAAUAGCUGGUGGAGCAGCAAUAUCGUCGUCGGGGGGAAGUGCGGUAGUGGUUAGUGGAAGCCAGGAUAGUUUGAGUGGCUUCGUGCUUAGUGGUGGGAGUGGAGGAGGAGGCGGAGGGGGUAACGGCAACGGAAGUGGAAGUAGCGGCAGUGGUUCCAGCCGCACCUGCUCCAGUAACGGGAGCGGUAAUCGAAUUCUCGCAGUUAACCGUAACAUCGAUGACCUUUUGUUCGGGAGUGAUUUAGACUCGUUGAUCAAUGACAAUAUCAUAAAUGGAUUCAAGUCACUGAAAGUAGCUAAAUCCCAAUCACAGGAUAAUCUAGACUACCAGCGGCAGCAUCAACAGUUGCAGCAGCAGCAGUACACAACCACACAUCGUCAACCUUUUUAUCAUCAUUAUCACUCGCAUCAGCUGCAUUCAUUGCCACCGAUUCAUCAACAGUUGCAACAACAGACGCCAACCUCAUUGCACUAUCAAUCUCACAACCAUCAUCUGCAGCAACAGCAGCAACAACAACAACCGUAUCAACUUGAUCGUUUAUUAGAAUCGGGUGCAAUAAUAACCGACAGGAUGCUGACAGAUAAAGCAAAGCAAAAACAAUUACAUGAAAGUCUAUAA